AUGGACUACAAGAAAACAACAACAAGACUACAACAAGAAAAUCAAGUAGGAAGGCUAGAUAUUGAGGAAAAACAAGUAGAAAGAGUGAAUAACUACAAAUAUCUUGGAAUCUGGGUAAAUAAAAACAAUGACCAAGAUAGAGAAAUAAGGACACGCAUUAAAAUUGCAAGACAAGCAUUUAUAAAAAUGAAAACAAUGUUUGUUAAUCGAGACCUUCCUCUGGAGCUGAGGAUAAGAGCCUUAAGAUGCUACGUUUUCUCGACUUUGUUGUAUGGAAUGGAAAGCUGGACCCUAAAAGUGGAUACAACGAGUUAUAAAUGCAGAAGUGUUAAGAAGACUAAAAAAGGAUUGCGAGGUCAUAAAGCACAUCAAAAUAAAAAAGCUGAAAUAUUCGGGCUAUAUUACCAGAGAUGCGAAAUAUAA